AGUUAACUCCAGGGCUCAAGUUGGACUGGAGUAGGUGCUUUUAUAGUGUAGGAUCAUGGCUGGCUUGGACAAGCUGCGCGUGGCCGUGGUGGGCGCAGGAGCGGCGGGUCUGUGCGCUGCGCGUCACGUACUCGCGCGCCAGGACCUGUUCGCACCGCCGGUGCUAUUCGAGAUCACCAAGAACGUGGGCGGAACGUGGGUUUACGAAGAGCGUGUCGGACAUUAUGACAACGGUCUGCCCAUCCACAGCAGCAUGUACAGGGACCUCAGAACUAAUAUUCCCAAAGAGGUCAUGUCAUUUCCUGACUUCCCCUUCGCAAAGCAUCUUCCUUCAUUUGUCCAUCAUACAGAGGUGCGCAAGUACCUUGAGCAGUACUGUGACCAUUUCCGUCUCUGGGACCAUAUCAGGUUUGGCACGACUGUGGAUGCAGUGGACCCAGUAAAAGUGAAGAGUGGCUGGAAAGGUUUGGCAUGGAAUAUCACCAGCAGUGAUGGUGUGGACCGGAACAAAUCCAUCAAGGAGUGCUUUGAUGUUGUUAUGGUGUGUAAUGGACAUUUCUAUGACCCGUACAUCCCUGCUAUACCUGGACUUGGGAAGUUCAAAGGUAUAUUGAUGCAUAGCCAUGAUUAUCGGAGUGCAGAGCCCUUUGCAGACAAGUCAGUGCUGGUGCUCGGUGCUGGUCUUUCUGGACUGGACAUUGUUAUGGAGCUCGCCAACGUCAAUGCUAAGGUGAUCCUAAGUCAUGGUCAGAAGCCCCUGACUUGCCCCAUGCCCCAAGGAGUGGAGCAGGCUCCUCCAGUAAGCAAAGUGUUGGAGGAUGGCACUCUGGAAUUUCAGGAUGGGAAGCAUGCAGAGGCAGAGGUGUUUAUGCUCUGCACAGGCUACAACUUCGUCUUCUCUUUUCUUAAUGAGCAAAUCGGGGUGCGGGUGAAAGAGCACUUGGUCUAUCCUCUCUACAAGUUUCUGAUACCUCCUGCCUAUCCAUCACUGUUCAUUGUAGGCAUCUGCAGAGCCAUAUGCCCCUUCCCACACUUCCACAUGCAGUCUCAGUUUGCCAUCUCUGUGCUGGAUGGCUCAUUCUCCCUCCCCUCACGUGAAGAAAUGGAAAAGGACAUUGAGUUGGACAUGGCUGCUCGUCGAGCUCGCGGUGUCGCCACCCGUCAUAUUCUGAAACUGGACUCUGAACAGUGGGCCUAUAAUGACCAUUUAGCCCACCUGGGUGGCUUCCAGCCCCUUCCUCGCUACUGGAGCAAUCUGUAUGAGUCCAACAAAGUUUUCCGUGCACAGGAUAUGCUCAACUACAAAACCUACAACUACAAUGUCCUCAGUGAGACAGAAUGGAUGGUGAAGAAUCUGCAAGGACAACAGAUGCAGAGACCACAACUUAAACAUAUAUGAUUAGAUCAAUGAAUUUUGCCAGGCACCCUUCAAUGAAAAAAUUAAUGUAGUAGCUUAUUGCUAUAUUUGAGUUACUGUGUCAAACUAGUACACUAGUUACACAAACAUAUUGUUGUAACUUGCUGUGAUAAACAAUAAAGGCAGUAUAGUGUUUCUUGCAG